AUGGACGAAAAUUUGAGACAUUUUCUCGAGCAAAGACAAUCGACCAUGAACCCAGAAUUGAAAGAAGGUAUUCAACAUUUGCAUUCAACGAUUCUUUCACGCAUGAAACACUCUAUAUGUCAAGUAUCAAAACAAAGACUUUCUGAAUGUGGCCAAAAUCAACAAGUUUUAACAACCUAUGAACUACCAGAUCAUUCUAUUCUCAAUGUUGGAAUUGAGAAAUUUGAGUGUUGUGAAAUGCUCUAUGAUCCUUCAUCAUUUCCGUCCUUACGCCAUAGAGACCUUCUGUCAAUUUCAGAGCUCGCCUACGAUUACAUCAUGAAAAACUCUGAGACAUACCGAAAAGAUCUCUACAAUGACAUGAUCCUUUCAGGAGGUUCCUUCAUGUUUGAAGGAGGCACAGAAAGAAUGGAAUAUGAUAUGAAACAAUUUGCUCUUUCAGGAUAUCGAGUAAAAGUUGUGAAAAAAUCAGACACUAUUCCACGAGUUUAUUCAUCAUGGAUGGGGGCCUCUAUGUUGGCACAAUGGUCAGAGGAUCACGAGGACAAGUGGAUUUCGAAAAUGGAAUACGAAGAGAAGGGAUUCAAUUUCCACAAAUACUAA